GCCAUGGCUGGGAAGGACAGCGGGAACCUGAAGACGGUGAGGCUGUGGCGGGACGCCGCCCUGCGCGCCAGGAAGCUGCGGAGCAACCUGCGCCAGCUGACCCUCAGCGCGGCCGGGGGCUGCCCGGGGGCCGGAGCCGACCAACCCGGCUCCCCGGACGCUCCCCAGCUCGUGCUGCCGGCCAACAUCGGGGACAUUGAGGUGCUGAACCUGGGAAACAACGGCCUGGAAGAGGUGCCAGCCGGGCUGGGGUCGGCGCUGGGCAGCCUGCGAGUCCUGAUCCUGCGCAGGAACCACUUCGUCCGGCUGCCCUCGGCGGUGGGUGAACUGGGCCACCACCUCACCGAGCUGGACGUGAGCCACAACCGGCUGGCCACCUUGGGCGCGGAGGUGGUGAGUGCCCUGCGGGAGCUGCGCAAGCUCAACCUCAGCCACAACCAGCUGCCAGCCCUACCCGCCCAGCUGGGCGCCCUGGCCCACCUGGAGGAGCUGGACGUCAGCUUUAACCGGCUGGCGCACCUGCCUGACUCCCUCGCCUGUCUCUACCGCCUGCGCACCCUGGACGUGGACCACAACCAACUCACUGCUUUUCCUCAACAGCUGCUGCAGUUGGCGGCCCUGGAGGAGCUGGACGUGUCCAGCAACCGGCUGCGGGGUCUACCUGAGGAUAUCAGUGCUCUGCGUGCCCUGAAGAUCCUCUGGCUGAGUGGGGCUGAGCUGGGCACCCUGCCCAGUGGCUUCUGCGAGCUGGGCAGCCUGGAGAGCCUCAUGCUAGACAACAACGGCCUGCAGGCCCUGCCCGCCCAGUUUAGCCGCCUGCAGCGGCUCAAAAUGCUCAACCUCUCCUCCAACCUCUUUGAGGAGUUCCCUGAUGCGCUGCUGCCCCUGGCUGGUCUGGAGGAGCUCUACCUGAGUCGCAACCAGCUCACCUCAGUGCCAUCCCUUAUCUCGGGUCUGGGUCGCCUUCUCACCCUGUGGCUGGAUAAUAACCGGAUCCGCUACCUGCCAGACUCCAUUGUGGAGCUGACCGGCCUGGAGGAGCUGGUGCUGCAAGGGAACCAGAUCGCAGUGCUGCCUGACAACUUUGGCCAGCUCUCCCGGGUGAGCCUGUGGAAGAUCAAGGACAACCCACUGAUCCAGCCCCCCUAUGAGGUCUGUAUGAAGGGGAUCCCCUACAUCGCAGCCUACCAGAAGGAGCUAGCUCAUUCCCAGCCUGCAGUGCAACCCCGCCUCAAGCUGCUCCUGAUGGGCCAUAAGGCUGCAGGGAAGACCUUGCUCCGUCACUGCCUCACCGAGGAGAAAGUGGAGGGAAACCAAGGAGGAGGAGAUGAGGAGACGAACUACCCACCCUCCCCUCCUCCCAUGAGCAAGGGCAUCGAGGUGACUAGCUGGACGGCAGAUGCUUCCCGGGGCCUGCGCUUCAUAGUGUAUGACUUAGCUGGAGAUGAAAGUUACGAGGUGAUCCAGCCCUUCUUCCUCUCUCCUGGGGCCCUGUAUGUGCUGGUGGUGAACCUGGCCACCUAUGAACCCCUCCGUUUCCCCACCACUGUAGGCUCCUUUUUGCAUCGGGUGGGGGCCCGGGUGCCUCAUGCUGUGGUGUGCAUUGUAGGCACUCACGCAGACCUGUGUGGCGAGCGGGAGCUGGAGGAGAAGUGCCUGGACAUUCACCGCCAGAUUGCCCUGCAGGAGAAGCACGAUGCGGAGGGCCUGAGCCAGCUAGCCCAGGUGGUGGAUGAGGCACUGGCCCGGGACUUCGAGCUGCGUUCUGCCAGCCCCCAUGCAGCUUAUUAUGGUGUUUCAGACAAGAACCUUCGGCGGCGCAAGGCCCAUUUUCAAUACUUGCUCAAUCACCGGCUACAGAUCCUCUCCCCGGUGUUGCCCGUCAGCUGCAGGGACCCUCGCCAAUUACAGCGCCUUCGGGACAAACUGCUCUCUGUAGCUGAGCACCGGGAAAUCUUCCCCAACUUACACAGAGUGCUGCCUCGAUCCUGGCAGGUGCUGGAGGAACUGCAUUUCCAGCCACCGCAGGCACAACGGCUUUGGCUAAGCUGGUGGGACUCGGCUCGCUUGGGCCUGCAGGCAGGUCUGACCGAGGACCGGCUGCAGAGUGCCCUGUCCUACCUACACGAGAGCGGCAAGCUGCUCUACUUUGAGGACAGUCCGGCCCUCAAGGAGCAUGUCUUCCACAACCUCACCCGCCUCAUUGACAUCCUCAAUGUCUUUUUCCAGAGGGAUGCUUCCUUGCUGCUGCAUAAGCUGCUCCUUGGGGCCAGUGGAGAGACGGAGGGCGAGGGGGAGAGCUCCCCUCUGACGGGGCUGCCCACCCCGAGCCAGGACCUGCUCAGGGUCACCCAGCUCCAUCAUUACGUGGAAGGCUUCCUGCUUCAUGGACUCUUGCCAGCUCAUGUCAUUCGGUUGCUGCUUAAGCCUCAUGUCCAAGCCCAGCAGGACUUGCAGCUGCUGCUAGAGCUUCUGGAGAAGAUGGGACUCUGUUACUGCCUCAAUAAACCCAAGGGCAAGCCUUUGAAUGGGUCCACGGCCUGGUACAAAUUCCCAUGCUACGUGCAAAAUGAGGUGCCCCACGCAGAGGCCUGGAUUAACGGGACCAACCUGGCCGGGCAGUCAUUUGUGGCUGAGCAGUUGCAGAUUGAAUAUAGUUUUCCCUUUACUUUCCCACCCGGGUUGUUUGCUCGCUACAGUGUCCAGAUCAACAGCCAUGUGGUACACAGGUCGGAUGGUAAACUUCAGAUCUUUGCCUACAGAGGGAAAGUUCCCGUGGUGGUGAGUUACAGGCCCUCCAAGGGGGUCCUGCAGCCAGACACUCUGUCCAUUGCCAGCCAUGCAUCAUUACCAAAUAUAUGGACAGCGUGGCAAGCCAUAACCCCCUUGGUGGAGGAACUGAACGUGCUGCUUCAGGAGUGGCCUGGACUGCACUACACCGUGCAUAUUCUCUGUUCUAAGUGCCUUAAGAGAGGGUCGCCCAAUCCACACGCUUUCCCAGGUUCCCAGGAAAGCUUUUCCAGGAAAAUACAGAGGGACUUGGGGACAGACAGAGGCAGGGAGUUGCUGAGUCAGCCCAGACCAGAAGGAGUGGCAGAGAUCAUUUGCCCCAAGAACGGCAGCGAGCGAGUGAAUGUUGCCUUGGUUUACCCACCCACGCCGACUGUGAUCAGCCCCUGUUCUAAGAAGAACGUUGGUGAAAAGCACAGAAACCAGUGACUUAUGGCUGUGGAAUUUCCAUGAGAAAGGAGCAUCAGAACUCACCUGGACCACCUUUCGAACCUGGCACACCUCCUCACGCCCCAGCGUGGUGGGUGAACUUGAGUAAAACUGUGGUCAGGGUGCUGUAGGAGGAGGGCACAGACCUGGCCUGUGGAUGAGGUGGGAGGGGCGGGGAGAGAAGGGGAGAGCAUAUGGAGCAAUGUUUUACAACCUGAACCUCAGAACUGUGAUCCUCCAAGGAGAGCGCUACUUGAAGAAAA